UUCAUAUAAAAGACGAUGGUGCAUUGUGAAUUGACCGUAGUUUACUUUAGUUCUUUACUCACUUCGAGUCAUACAUAAUAAAUCUACACGCACAAGAAAAUGGCAGCGAAAUUUAUAGCCGUUCUUGCACUGAUCGCAACCGUCAGCGCGGUGGAAUAUUCUGCGUAUCAUGCUCCCGUCUACGCUGGAUACCAUGCAGCCCCAGUUGUGAAAUAUGCCGCCCCCGUUGUCAAAACCAUCGAGUAUGCUGCACCAGCCCAUUACGACUUCACAUAUUCCGUCAACGAUCCUCACACUGGAGACAUCAAAAGUCAAUCAGAAUCACGGAAGGGAGAUAUCGUUCAUGGCCAGUACUCUUUGGUUGAUCCCGAUGGUUAUCAAAGAAUUGUUGACUACACUUCCGAUCCACACAAUGGUUUUAACGCCGUCGUCCGACGUGAACCUUUGGGACACAAGGUCGCUUAUGCCGCCCCUGUUGCCAAGGUUGUUGCUCCAAUUGCUCACUAUGCCGCCCCGCUAGCUCAUACCUACCACUAUUAAAAGAUGUAGUCGUGUGUAAUGGCAUAUAGUGCACGUGCGCUUUUUUCGCGCUCGUAAAGGACAGUGUGCUUGUUUCGCGAGUUGUUUUCUUAAAACAAACUUUAUUAUGUAAAGUGUUACUUAUUAAUAUUAUGUUCUACUUUUACCUUUUUGUAAAUAAAACAAAAGCAUGAAAAAUAUAAAA